AUGUCUUACAUGCUCCAGUUCCCUCCGUCUCCUCUCCCCAAGAACGUCACUUCCCCACCCUACGUUCUCUUCGGCAUCAACGACCUCGAUGCUUUCACUGACCUUCCCACGAACAUCCCUCUGACGAUGGUCCUCCACUUCGCUCCUGCUCUGCGCAAAUGGAUCAUGCCACCUCCCGAACUCAGCACAGCUGGCAUCCACUUGUCACUACGCACGCCUUAUGUUGGUGUCAACAUCCUCGAGGACAUGGAAGUUGAGGGUCUGGGAUGGAUCGUCGCGCGCAUGAUGCAGAUCGCGAACAUUAAGAAUCCACCUGGAACCUACGACAGGUACAUGACAACACCCAGCCUACUGGUCAGCAUUGCCGUCCACAAGGCAUGGCUGGCGUUGGAGCUUCCGCCGGCCGGCAUCGAAGCCUUGUACAUGCAUAUCCAGACGACACUCAUGAUAGGACCACCCGUCACUUUGUUCGAUAUCAGAGCUUUAUGGCAUAACUUCCCAGUACACUCGCCUAUCCAGCGCGAGAUGGGCUUGAACUUCGUGCGCAACUACAUUAACAGGGUCUAUGCGUCUUCGGAGAGUUCGGCGAUUCGUCAUUGGUAUCUUGAGACGACUGAACGGUGGAGCUUCUUUCGGGAGCUAGAGAAGCAGACCCCUGCGUUUGGAGACGUGCAGAAAGAGACCAUGAAGGCCGCGAGCGAGCGACAGAAACAGGAGGAGCUGUACAUCCAGAAUCUUUUCAAGGCGGAAAAGGACGUCAUAGUCUCGUUGGAGGAUGAACGGAAGGAGAGGCACGAGGCACGGCGAAGAGAGCGCAAGGAGAAGCGUGACCGCGAGGGCAGAUCGUCUAAGCGACGGCUGGAAAGGGCACGCAGCGGUAGUACGUCGAGCGUGGAGACCGUGAUCUGGCACCCGUCAAGAAGCUCAAGCACAGAAGAUGACCCCACGACACCCACGACAGAGAACAGCGAGCCGCCUCUUCCUCAUUCACAACCCAUCGACAGCUCAGCCUUGAUCAACAUGCUAGAAGACGUGGCCAUCGGCGAUCAAAUCCAGAGCCAGCCUCAUAUGAGAAACACGGUUGCACAUAGGCGGCGUCUGAUGCUUGAGGUAACGGCUACCGACAAACGAAAACAGGAAGGCCGCAACGCAGCGGCAAUUGCAGCAACCGGACAAAUCGAAGACGAUAACGAUUUCCACGAGACGAUGGAGUACAUACCUCCUCCCGACUUCAGCAACCCCGCGAAGCUGAAGCGCAAAACCCGCACCAAGCCUGUUCUCAAAGAGAAGAUGUCGAGGCCGCCUAGCCACGGCAUUUACGACACAGAGCUCGAGGACACGCUCGCCAGCGCCCCAGAGGUCCUCUCCCCAGAUUUUGAGCCCGGGAAGAAGGCACGAGGACCACUGAUAUAUCCUGAUGAAGACCUUCAUUCGGAGGAGAAGAUAGCCCUGAUACGUAAAUGUGCUAGUUACUCACCCAGCGCAUACCAUAACGAAGUGAGCGAGAAUGUGUGGCCCAGUCACGAAACAAUACAAGAAACUGUAUCCAGCGUCAACGCCGCCAUCGAAAGGGGAACUUCCCAGCAGCUGGCCGGAAACCGGGCAACCUCAGAGAUCCGGGAGCUAGACGACGAUAUACUGGAGGACGCGAACGGCCUGGUGUAUCUCCAGCCUGCCGUCUACGAACGCAUGCGCUGA